UCCCCACAUUCAAGUUAGAAGCAACUUGAAUGUCAAGCUGCGGGAUCUAGUUUAUUUACCAAAUAAUAAUGUCCCUAGCCUUCAACCAACGAUGGAUUUACUUGUGUAUUGCGUUCCGUGGUCAAGCUCGCAGCAAGGAACCGUCAACACGAGUAGGUGCUUUGUUUGGCACUGGCAGAGUUCGAUGCUCAGGAUCAACGAUCAACCGCUGCGCUGCGUGCCCUCUCACUACCGCCGUAUUCAUGCCGGUCCGAACAUUCGUUCUUACAAGCGACCGCCUAGAGUCCGUCGCCAUCGGGAGACCGCCGCGGCCUGAGACGCUCCCUUCAUGGCUCCUUUGUGUACAGAACGAUCGGGAGAGGAAAAUAUAUACGCUAGGCUGCAGUCGAUGGACUUGGUGGACGUCUCAGCCUGCUACAUUCUCGGCGCUCAACAGCUAAAGCCGUGAACAAGGGCCACUGUGUGAGGUGGAGAAGAGUGAGCAUUGUUUGAAGAUCCUUCCACACGUUGCGCCCUUUCGACACGUAUAUGGUAAGAUUGCCCACGAAGCGUCGUUGAGCCGUGGAACUCUCUAUGGACAAAUUCAUGCAGUGCAACGGCGCCUGCCACCUUGAAACGCGUAAACGCAAACAGUUCGGUAAGGGUGUCAAAGCAUCAGGAGGCGGGAUCGCGAUAUGGACAUGUUGAGUGGACACGCAGCUAGCCCUGCUUGUGAGCUGGUCAAUCAUACAAGGCAUGCUACCCAACCCUGCAAUGUACCGUAUGCCAUUCUGGUGGUUGAAAACUGAGCCUCGUCGCACCACAUUUGAUGAGAACGGCAGCGCAUCGAUCGUUGCACGAAUGUGGCUAGCACAGACUUUCAGACCCCUCUGUUUCAAGCUGCUGGCCAGGAACAAGUAAGAAGACUCGGCGUUGUAACCAUUGCUGACCUUGACGAGCAUGGAUGCUGGGCUCCAGAGUAGAGAAUUCAAUAAUCGGUCAAAACAAUGAAGCUGUCUUUCCAUGGAUUAUGCGUUUCUGUUCGCAUGGUCCUCAAGCGCAAUCAAAGAAAGCCCCUGGCAUGGCAUGGUUCCUGAGGGCCCAAUCGUACACAAGUAUCGCCGGGUAUCAACACCAGCUCAAAGCUCACUACUAGCAGAUGUGGAGAGGUUAGACUUGUCCUGUACAGCGGCUACAGCCUGUCAGGUACAACAUUGAAAAGGACCUCAGCAUCCUCGUCACCUCCGGGCUCUCGGCUCGGUUAGUGCAACGUCUGCCUGUGUCGCCAGUUCAGGCAUUAUACUCCUGAAUGUCAACGGCAACGUCAGUGUUGGAAACGUUAAGAAUCCUUCCACCACUUCCAGUGCCCGAUCUGAACUCGAAGCGAUGUGGCACGCGAGGAGACUGUCGGUCGGAGAUCCCCCGCCUUUUGGCAUUGGCGUCUUUACAGUCUUGUGCAACGAUUGG